AUGAAGCCGCUGCUCCUGCUGGCGCUUUCGUCGAUCAUAAACGGCCUGCAGCACGAAAUCUCCCACAUCGAAGACGCAAUAAUUCCACCCCAUGACAAGUGCAAGCCCAUCACUGUGCCUUUCUGCAUCGACGUCCCCUACAACAGCACCAUUUUCCCCAACCUGGUGGGCCACAACACCCAGGAGGACGCCGGCUACGAGGUGCACCAGUACUUCCCCCUGAUCAAAAUCAACUGCAGCGCCGACUUGCACCUGUUCCUCUGCUCCGUGUUCGUGCCCGUGUGCACGAUCUUGGAGAAGCCGGUGCCCCCAUGCCGCUCCCUGUGCCUCUCGGCCAAGUCGGGCUGCGAGGGGAUCAUGCGGAAAUUCGGCUACAACUGGCCCGAAAACCUCGACUGCAACCAGUACCCCGAAAACUCGAAUCUCUGCGUGGAGAAACACAACAUCAGUGUGACCCCCACACCGGCAAACGAGCCCCCCGACUACCCCAAGAGCAAGUUCGAUUUCAAGGGGGUACGGGCGAAGUAUCCGCGGGAUUUCGGGUUCGUGUGCCCCCUGCAGUUCGAGGUGAAGAACAUGGACUACUCCCUUAAAGUGGGGGACAAAGUGGUGAAGAACUGUGGGGCCCCGUGCCACAUGAUGUUCUUCAACGAAAAUAAGCAGAAAUUCUCCCGGGUCUGGAUUGGGACUUGGGCUGUUUUGUGCUCGGCCAGUUGUCUGUUCACUGUGUGCACCUUCUUGAUUGACACCAAUAGGUUUAGGUACCCCGAACGCCCCAUUAUAUUUUUAUCGGUUUGUUAUUUGAUGGUCGCUUUGGCGUACGUUGUCGGUUUUAUCGCCGGCGAUUCCAUAGCGUGUAAGGAACCGCCGAUUUCGGAUGAAGGCAUCAGGAAAGUGAGCAUUAUCACACAAGGGACCAAAUACGAAUUGUGCACGAUUUUAUUCAUGGUCUUAUAUUUCUUCAGUAUGGCCUCGAGUAUUUGGUGGGUGAUUUUGACUCUGACGUGGUUUUUGGCCGCUGGGUUGAAAUGGGGGCAUGAGGCGAUUGAAGCCAACUCACAGUAUUUUCAUCUGGCGGCAUGGGCGAUUCCGGCCGUUAAGACCAUCACGAUUUUGGCGAUGGGAAAAGUCGAUGGUGACGUACUAAGCGGAGUUUGCUACGUUGGAAUUUGGAACGUGGACGCCUUGCGAAUCUUCAUUCUCAUACCUUUAUGCAUUUAUCUAGUCUUCGGGUUAGUAUUUUUAACUUCCGGCUUAAUCUCGCUAUUCCGUAUUCGUACGGUAAUGAAACACGACGGUACAAAAACCGACAAAUUAGAAAAGCUAAUGAUCCGUAUCGGCGUAUUUUCUAUUUUAUACACAGUACCUGCAAUGAUGGUCAUUGCUUGCCUGUUUUACGAACAGUUUAAUUUCGAUAAUUGGAUGUUGACUUGGAAUCACGACAUGUGCGUCAAACAGACCUAUGCCGUGCCUUGUCCGCAAGACAUUAGGGAAUAUUCACAUCCGCUCUUUCCCAUUUUUAUGAUCAAAUAUCUCAUGUAUAUGAUUGUGGGAAUAACGUCAAGUGUGUGGAUUUGGUCGGGCAAAACGGUGCACAGUUGGAAAGUGUUUCUUAACCGACUCAGAGGCAGACAUGCGGCUUACGUUUAAUUCAAAACUUAACGAGCCUAAUGCACAAUUUAAUACCGCCUAUAAGUUCAGUUGCUCAGACAGACGGACUUAACUACCUCCAUUUUUAGCGUCCAAAUUUUUUACGGCCGUGUCUUAAUGUUGUAUCUGCAUGAAACGGAAAUUCAAUUUUUUUCAAGACUGCUCUCUAGCAAUACGAAUAAAUGGACAAAUCAGUUCGCGAUGCUUCCAAUCUGCUUAAGCGCACAUCACUAUUAAAUGUACGUAAGAUCCCUAAAUGUAAUAUAUUUUUGUACAUUUUUGUAUAUAGUUUUUACAAUCGUAACAUGAAAAUUUGACUGAAAGUUUAUAACACAAUUCGGUUUUUUUAGAAAAAAGUAUUUUAUGAGAUUUUUACGAAUGCUGCUAGAAAACGUACUGGUAUUUAUAAUUUUUAUAUUAAGUAAUUUAAUUUUUUAUGUAUUUUAUAUAACUGUGUUCACACUUUCCCCAUUAAAAGCUCAAAGUCCUUUUAAAACUGUUGUGAUGCUGUCAAUUAAACAAAAAUAUUUAUGGCAAGUUACUUUUUGAGCUUGUUGACUAUUAGACUAGAAUCUUAGUUCUGUUGUAUGUUGUAACAAAUUGGUAUUAAUUUUUUACUCACUAUGUAAUUUAAGUUAUGUUCUUGUAUAUUAAUAAGAGAAAUACAUCAAUGUUUGCCAAUUA